AUUAUAACACUGAGUCCCCUUUGUCGAAGCCCACCACUCACUAAAUUUUUCUGUUUCCUGGGAAUGUCCGGUCAGCUCUCCGCGCCCCUCCCCUUGCUGUACGUCACCCUUCCUCCAUAUAAAACCCCCCACAGCUCGUCACAUCCAGAAAGAAGUAACGCCGAAAUCGUUGCGGACCUUGGAGGGUUACAGUUACCCAAAACCUAUUUUCAAAUGGGCCCCGUCGCCUAGCGUUUCCUCCCCCAUCCUCGCCGACUGAGUUGGACCGGGUGCUACUCAACAUCAAGCACAUCUGGAUCAGUAAAAGAGAGCUAACAUAGCAAAGGCAGGAACAGAAGGAUGGCGGCAAUUCCAGCUGGUGGGUCUCUUGUGGCAACCACUGACUACUACCGAAGGCGCAUCGGCUCCACAUCGAGCAGCAGCUCCUGCGGUAGCUCCGAGUACAGUGGGGAGGUCAUCCCGCACCAUCCAGGACUUCCCAAGCAGGACUCUGGCCAUUGGUGGUCCAGUUUCUUCUUUGGGAAACAGCCUGGGAUGACUCCAUUGACAGAAGAGGCCCAGCAGAAGGUGGGGGCAGUGACAACCGGUCAGAUCACCUGCGUUGCGAGGGAGAUGGUGCUGCAGCGACAGGUGAGCGAGGGCAGCAACGCAGGAAGUCCAACUUCAUCAUGAUUUCAUCAUGAUCCCGCGUUUCAUUCCAACACGCUGCACCUCGGGGAGAAUCGAUCCAACGGCCAACGCUAGGUGACGGGACGCUUUUGAGUUUUGUAACUUUUUUGUUUUGUUUUUUGUACUCUGUAUUUUCCAUUGUAGUACAGUUUACAACAUUUGUCUUUGCUCUUAACCUCUUGUUAAGAGACCUUAACUCCUGUUUUCCAACUUUCCACCUUGUUAAAAGACCAAAAAUGACGAGAAAAAAAAAUAGUGUAAAAGUUAAGCACCUCAACAUGUGUAACUUCUUUUUUUUUUUUUCUCUUAGUGUGGUGUAUAAACAUUCACAUGCCUUUUGUUACACUUUCCACCUUGUGAUAUUGCAAACGCAAUAAAGCAGACUUUUGAAGCCUAA